UUCUUUAUUCAAUGGUUCCAAUGUAGCCCUCUUCAGCAGAAAUUUGUCAGUUUACAAGUGUCCUCUCGAAAUCUGCCUCCAGUCAACCAAAGUAGAUUAAUUGUUAUCGUCACCAGUUGAGACACAUUGUUAUUUUGUUUUCGUCGAUUGGAGGAAAAAGGAUCACUAAUGUUGAAGAGAAGGCUUUGAAUCACUUGGUUUUUGGAGAACAACUAUGACGCUUUUAGUGUCCUCAAAAAUAUUCCCAAGGUGAAAAAUGUUACACAAAGCAGCUGGUUUUUGUGAUAAAAAUCGUACAAAUAUUCUAUUUAAAACCGAUCCAAGAGGAAUUGGUGUCAUAGGUUUUCAGGCUGUUUCACUAAAUACUCAGACAAGUGAGGUGUCAACAUGGCAGUUGGAGUAUUCCCUGCUCUCAAAUUGGGAGUUCUGUUUAUGAAACAAAUUAGUAAACCUCUUGCCAAAAUCAUUGUGACCAAUGCCAAGAAUCAUCCGGUUUUCAGAAAUUAUUUUAUCAUCCCACCUGCCCAAUUCUACCACUGGGCAGAGGUGAAAGCAAAGAUGUACUUAAUGAAUUUGGGAAAACCCACAAAAGUUGCAAAGCUAAAUGAGCAGAUGGCUAUCGAGCUUGGUGCAAGCCUGAUGGGCGAAGUCAUAAUUUUCACAGUAGCCGGCGGUUGUCUCAUCCUCGAGUACAACAGACAAGUAGCCAAAGAAGCCCGAAGAGAGGCCGAUAGGCAAGCCCAACUCCAAAAAUUUACCGACGACAUCAGUACCCUUCACACCGUCUCUCAACAACAAGCAAAGCAACUGGAGUACCUGACAAAUCUCCUUGAAGAGAUGGCACGGAAGACAAAGCAGGGAAUCAACCUUGACAAAUUAAAGUUAGUAGGAAUGUCUUCAGCUACCGGUGACUCUAGUGAAUAUCCGAACAAACAUACCAGAGAUUCUGUCAGUGAUAAUAGCAGCAAAAGUAACAAUAAUCAUAAUGUUAAUGACAGUGAUGAUAUGUCAGUUGUACAUCGAGCGAUAAUUUAUUAUGAGAAUGAUGUUAAAGGAAAAGUCAGUUGAAGUAUUCUUCGUUCAGCUGUAAAUCAUUAAAAUAUAAUAGAAUAGGACGAG